CCCAUCUUUUUCUAUAAAUAACAGCCCUUUAUGGUUGCACCAUUCCACAUUCUGUAAAGCAGUCUUGUUUGUUUUCCUCUCAAUCAAACCCCACUUGCACACCUUUUGGUUCUUCUCUCCCGGAAGAGCUUGCAAGAAAUUACUUCUCUUUGCACGGGUUUUGCAGAAAGUAAGUGUAUAGUCAAGCAAAGAUCAAGGUGGUUUUGAACUGGUUUUCUUCCUCAUUUCUCAGAGAAAAAAUGAUGGUGGAAAAGGAAGAUUUGGGGUUGAGUUUGAGCUUGAGCUUCCCUGAGAAGAGGGCUGUUUCAAAUCCCAGUUCAAAUGUACUGCAUCUCAAUCUCAGCUCUUCGCCUUCUCCUUCUCCAUUCAGCAUCAUCAACAGAAGUUCUUGGACUGAUGCCUUCCCUUCCUCAGAUCGGAGCUCUGAGACAUGCAGAGUGGAGACGAGGUCCUUUCUGAAGGGAAUCGACGUCAACUGCCUGCCGACGGCGGGGGAUGCGGAGGAAGAGGCUGGCGUCUCCUCCCCGAACAGCACGAUCUCCAGCGUGAGCGGAAAGCGGAGCGAGAGGGAAGCCACCGGCGGCAGCGACGACCACGACAUCGAGAGGGCUUCCUCUCGCGGGAUCAGCGACGAAGAAGACGCCGAGAACUCGAGGAAGAAGCUCCGGCUUUCUAAAGAUCAGUCCGCCAUUCUUGAAGAAAGCUUCAAAGAGCACAACACUCUCAACCCGAAGCAAAAGAUGGCUUUGGCAAAGAGAUUGGGGCUCAGGCCCCGCCAAGUGGAAGUGUGGUUCCAGAACAGGAGAGCUAGGACAAAGUUGAAGCAAACUGAGGUCGACUGCGAGUUCCUGAAAAGAUGUUGCGAGAACUUGACAGAGGAAAACAGGAGGCUGCAAAAGGAGGUGCAAGAACUCCGGGCGCUCAAGCUAUCACCACAGCUCUACAUGCAAAUGACCCCUCCAACAACCCUCACGAUGUGCCCCUCUUGUGAGCGAGUAGCAGUGCCGUCGGCCCCAUCGUCGGCGCCCCAACUUUCCACCGCGGUGGAUCCACGACCGCUUCAAAUGGGGUCGGCUCAGCCGCGGCCUAUCACCUUCAAUCCAUGGCCUGCUUCCACCCCUAUCCCCCACCGCUUGUUUGACGCUCUGCAAUCUCGAUCGUGAUUUUCUUCAUGUAGGAAAGCUUAUUUGAAGAAAUGUUGUAAGGCAAUAUGCAUCUAGGAGGGGUCAAGAUAUGGUGGUUAAUUAUAGAAUUAAUGGUGUUUGAUGGAUCUCUUGUACUUAAUUUGCUCCAAUAUCAUUUAGUGAGAUUAAUAGAUUGAUCGAUCUUGUGUACUAAUUGUUCGUUCUUGUUAGAGAUAUUUUUGUUGAAAAUAGUCAAGGAUUUUGUGCU